CAGUCCAAAGAUCAAGCCCACGUUUAUAUCUCCCUUGCACUGCGCUUUGACUCUCUAGCCUACCUACUCUUAGAUUGCCAUGUUAGGUAUUUAAGAAGUUUAAGUAUGUCCUGUAUACAUCUCCAUCGUCAAUUUCAAUUACUUGAUAAGAGCAAUUCAAAGCGUAGAAGAAGCAUUUCAAAAGCAGUGACAAUGAGAAUGGUGGGAUUAACAGGUGGAAUAGCGUCGGGAAAGAGUACUGUUUCUAAUCUUUUCAAAUCCCAUGGAAUUCCCGUUGUUGACGCCGAUCUUGUCGCUCGUGAUGUUUUGAAGAAAGAUACAGGUGGGUAUAAUAAAGUAGUUGCUGCAUUUGGAGAGGAUGUGUUACUAGCUAAUGGGGAAGUGGAUAGACCAAAACUUGGCCGCAUUGUGUUCUCUGAUCCUUCAAACCGGCAACUUCUUAAUCGGCUUCUGGCUCCUUAUAUCUCUUCUGGUAUCCUUUAUGAAAUUCUGAAGCUAUGGUUGAAGGGAUGCAAGGUAAUUGUCCUCGACAUCCCACUGUUGUUUGAGACCAAGAUGGACAAGUGGACAAAGCCGAUUGUUGUUGUAUGGGUUGAUAAUGAAACACAACUCCAGCGGCUUAUGGCCAGAGAUGGAACCAAUGAGGAGGAUGCCAGGAACAGGAUAAAUGCUCAGAUGCCCCUAGAUGUAAAAAGAUCUAAAGCUGACAUUGUCAUUGAUAACACUGGCUCAUUGGAUGACUUGGAAGAACAAUUCCGGAAGGUACUAUUCCAGGUUACUAGGCCCUUGACAUGGUCUGAAUUUUGGCUCACAAGACAUGGUGCCCUUACAGCCCUUAUUUCCAUUGCAAUUGCGGUUGUUGUUGGCAAAAAUGUUAUCAGAAAGUUAUGAUCGAAAAUCUCCCAACUCGAUAUUCUCCUGUUCAUUGAUCAUAGAUUUUCGGUGUUUCUUUCUGUUUUGCAUUUCUUAUCUCAAGCAGUGAAGCUGUUUGUAUCUGCCUGUAACUUCCAUCCAUUCAUGAAACCUGGUGUUUGUACUGUGAUCUAAAUUAAAUCCUAAGCUGGUUCGUUUGAAGUCA